AUGCUUGUGGAACAGUGGAAGCGUACGCAGGGCCCCGUGCUGCUACACCAUGCCAUUGUGCACAAGUUUGUACAGAAUGCAGAUCUGCGAACGAAACUUCUGGAGACAGGCAAUGCUCUGCUGGCGCAUACCUACGAACGUGACAACAUCUUUGCAACUGGCUGCGACAAGGACAAAAUGAUGGAGUGGGCCAAGAACAACAACGGACAGAUCAUUAAGAUUCCGACCAAAAUCGACACGGGGACGCUAGUGUACAUCCCGCUUGUUGGCGAAGGCAAGAACAUUCUUGGUUGCAUCAACAUGAAGGUAAUUUGA